AUGGCUCAUGCUCUAGUCGCGCUUGGUUUCAGAAAAGUUGAUGACAGAUCUAUUGCUCGGAAUCGUAAUAAGGGUCCUGGAAAGGACCUGAUGUCGCUUAUUAAGAAAUUCUGCAAGAAAGGAGAGGAAUUAAUUGUUCAAGAUAAGGAACUAAAAGCUUCUGUUGAGAAAAGGCUUAAGAUCACAUGUAUAUGUGAUGGAUAUACCGUUGGUGAGCUAAUGUGGGGGAUAAAGAAUGUUUUGCACAAAUUUAUUUACGAAGAAAGGUGCAAUACAACUCCGGAAUAUUGUCUCCCGGUGAGCGAGGGAUUGCAAGAGGCCUUACAAUAUUAUUUAGUCAAUAUCCCACCAACUAAGCUUGACAGAGCUUUCGUAUCCAACUUUGGUUUCUUGCGCUACCUUGACUUGAAUGUAGAGGCUUUUCCAAAAGAAUUAUCAAGGUCAUUUGAUGAGUAUGUUGGGAUUGGUGAGACUGUUAAAGAUAGUUUGGACUAUGUAAAAGUCCUUGCAUCGGUACUUGUCCCUGAGUUGGUGGAAAAAUAUGGUUUCUCCAAGACAUUUUCACCUGAAUUGGUGUCGAAGUUACAUCAGGCUAAAAUACAUCAAGCUGAACGUGGAGAUGACCUUACUAUGGAUGACAUAAAAAAGAUAAUGGGAGUCCUUGAUUAUCUCUUGAAUGUUCCUGAGCGAAGAAACAAGAUUCUUAUGGAUGUGAAGCUUAUGGAAGCAACAUUUUUCAGAUCACAUUUGUCAGAGCUCCGAAAGGCAGAGGAAACUGUGGAUUUCGAUAAUAUGGAAUUUAGGAGGGCGCUGCUCCAGACUCCCUCAGGUUUUGCUAUAUUUAAUGUUCGCGAGGAUGUGUUUACCAGUCCUCGAGAGUAUAUCUGGACAUAUUUUACGGAUAUAAUGAAUGCGCGCAAUAUUGUCUUUGCCCUUGGUUUUAUAAGAGUUGAUAAUUCUAUUGUCCGUGAUAGUGUUAUUGGUCCUGGUGGCAAACUGAGACAGCUCAUUCUAAGAUUCUGCAAGGCUAAUGAGGAAUUGGUUGUUCAAGACGCUGAGCUUAAAGCUGUUAUCGAGUCGAAACUAGUCAGUUUAUAUUCCCUCAACUGUUUAUUUUUCAUCAUCGGUGCUAAUUUAGCCAAGUGUGGCAUUCUAAUGUUGGCAUAUUUUCUCAGGGUGUCAAAUGCUGGACUGGUGAUGAAGCUGUGGAUGAGUUGUUUUGGGGUAUAA